AUCUACAGUAAUAUUUUGCCGGAAAUUUAGGUAGGGCGCUUGCAUGUUAUGGUUGCAUUGCAAUGGGAUUGGGGUCCGGACAGCUCACCCCUGAACCAUGAGUUGCUGUUGUUGCUUUGCACGUUGGUUCUUCCUCAAGUUUGCAGGUUCUUCAGCUGCUACACAUCAUCCAUUGGCAUGCCACCAAAUGAAAUGUUCUGCAAUGGUCCAUGCUCCCAACUCCUCAUCCUUUUGGCACCAACCAUGGCACUUUAGGUUCCAAAUAACUUGAGCAACAAAGGGGGCUGGGAUUCGUGAGCUCCCCAUCCAUUUUCCCCACAUGGAACAAGGUUGUGCGAUUCAGUGAAGAUUCUCCAUUUCUUAAUCAGGCAGGAGAUUGAGGAGCCAGGUCCGAAACCGUAGUCUUUGGACAGUCCCCCCCCCCUUUCAUUUUUAUGUUUCUCAGUGCAGAUUUUCAGCAGGAUGAACUGGGAAAUACGUACUACUCCCUCCGACCCUAAUUGUUGUCGAAAUAUUACAUUGUGACUAGACACUUUUUAAGAAUAGAUGCAUUCAUGUUUAGAUAAAUUUAAAUCAAAAAUUUAAAAUUUCCCUGAAGCAGUAAAGUAAGUAAAGUAGUAGCACAUCAAUGAAACCUGAACGGUGCAAGAGCCCAGCAACCGACCGACAGUGCCUGCCUCUCUGAACAAAGAGCUCCUCUCCUCUGAGUUGACACCAUAACCAUAGAUUGAUCGGGUGACAUCUUGUUUGCUCGUUUUCCUCUUUCCGAAAGGACAUUUUGUUUGUUUGUUUGCUUGCUCUAGUGCGUUCAGAAGGCAGGGGUGUCCUUUUUUUCUCCCCGUAAUAAAAAUCCAGCAUUUACUCUGAACCGCAGAAAAUACAGAAUCUCUGCACUCUCCAGCAUAAUGAAAAGUUCAGAGAACCUGAAGGAGCCUCCUGCACCCAGCCCAAAACUUGGUUUUGUUCUCUUCCUAGGAAUCAUCAGCGCGGAUUUCAUGGGGAUUCGGCCGGGCGGGCCGCCGCUCCGUAGAUUACUAUACUAGAUUUCCCUUCCUUCCACAGGACACUUGCGGUGCACACAUGCAGUAGGUCCACUGGUGUACAGUAAUGCUGCUCACGCUCAUAUGCUACUGUGAGCCUGUGACUGUUGCCUGUUGGUGGCUUUCAGGUCCCAGCCAGCUGAGCUGAGCUUAACUGAACUGAGCGAGCACAUCUUCUUCUCGGACACCAGCAGUAUUCCUUAGACUUCAGUGUUCAGCUCACUGGGUGGGUGCGCCGUGCGCGUCCCAUUGCUUGCGUCCACGUUUCAUCAAGACCUCGAGAGAAAGCCAUGGACGAGGCCUGCGACCUCGAGGUGCACGUCAAUGGCCACCACACGCUUCUUCUCCAUCAGAGCGUGGUGUGCGGCUUCUCGGGGAAGCUGAGAGCCAUGGUGGCGACGACGAAGAAGAAGAAGCCGGGAAAAGAAGCAGAGCCUGCAGCAGGGGCGUUGUUGUCCGUCGAGCUCGCGGGGUUCCCGGGCGGCGGCGAGGCGCUGGAGCUCGCGGCACGGUUCUGCUACGGGAAUGGCGAGCCGCCGCCGCUGCUCUGGCGCCCCACCACCUUCCCGCUGCUGUACUGCGCCGCCGUGUUCCUCGAGAUGACCGAGGAGGUCCGCCCCGGCAACCUGCUCUCCCAGGCGGAGGCCUUCGUGCACGAUGACGCGCGGCGGCUCUGGACAUGGGCCGACGCGGUCGCCGCCGUCAGGAGCUGCGAGAGGCUCGUCGUCUCCGAUUCCAGCACCAACGCCGCCGCCAUUGCCGACGCGCUCCUCGAGAAGCUCGUAUCCGCUCUCUUCUCCCGGAUCGCCGCCGCAAGCCGCCCCGCGAACUGCUCGUCUUCCUCGUCCUCGUCGUCGCCAUUGUCGAUCUCGUCGUCGUCCUCCUCGUCGCCCGACACGGACUCCGCGACAAAGACGCCGCCGCCGCCGGAGCUGGUGACGACGACGACGAAGCCGUGCAGCAGCAGCGGCAGCGGGAACGAGUGGUGGUUCGACAACGUGGCAUCUCUCUCCCCGCCGACCGUCGAGAAGGCCACGAGAUUCCUCGGUGGCGAGAAGAACAACAAGGACCCGACGAUAACGCGGUUCCUUCUCCACUACCUCCGCCGUCGCCGCCGCUCCGUAGAUUCCCCCACCAGCGACGACCUCACCCUCUCCGUCCUCGCCAACACAGCAGCGCACGGCGUGGCCGCGCUCGCCGCCACCGGCGGGUGCUUCUCCUCCUGCCGGAGCCUGUUCCGUGUUCUCCGGACCGUGUCAGCGGCCGGGGCAAGCAGAGAGAGCAGGAACAAGCUGGAGACACUCGUGGGGUCGCUACUCGACCAGGCCACACUCGACGACCUCCUCGUCCCCGUCUUCGUCUCCGGCGGCGGCUCCGUCCCUGGCGGAGGCGUGUACGACGUGCGCCUGGUGGUGCGGCUCGUGAGGGUGUUCGUGAUGGCCAUGGCGUUGGAGGAGGAAGAAGAGGGGACGAAGAGGCUGAGGAAGGUGGGGAGGCUGGUGGACAAGUACCUGGGCGAGAUCUCGCCGGACCAGGGGCUGACGGUGGGCCGGUUCCUGGCCGUCGCCGAGAGCCUGCCGGACUCCGCCAGGGGCUGCUUCGACGGCGUCUACAGAGCGCUGGACAUCUUCCUCCAGUGCUCUGCAAUUCAUGUAUUCCUCUGCGUCCAUUGCAGUCUCACGCCGCGCUGACCGUGGAGGAGAGGGCGGCGGCGUGCCGGUGCGUCAACUACGAGAAGCUGACCCUGGAGGCCUGCAGGGACAUGGCCAGGAACCGGCGCGUCCCGGCGGCCGUCGCCGUGCAGGCGCUGGCCUCGCAGCGGUGGCGGCCCGAU